AUGGAAUAGGUCGCAAUAUACCAUCAACAAGAGUCCAACAUGGAAUCUACUAACCUUAAUCUGCCGCACAAAGUUUUAUGCAUUGUUAUUGGUGUUCAGUUAAAGGCACAUGUUAACACAGAUGAGGUUUUCGCUCUAGUUACAUUAAUCCCAUUGAAGCAACAAGAGUUUAUGGUAGAGGACAAUCAUCCAUUUGAUGAUAGUCCUAGUGAAGUCUACUCUUUUAAGAAGAUGCUGACUUCAAUUGAAGAUGCUGCUGGACUUUAUAUUCCAAAGGAACAUGCAGAGAGAUGCUUCCCUUCAUUGGAUAUGACUGUUCAACAACCAAUGCAAGAUCUUGUGGUGAAGGACUUGCAUGGAAUUGAGUGGAAUUUUCGACAUAUUUACUGUGAUCAUAAAAAAGAACACAUGCUCACAUGUGGCUGGAGCACGUUCGUUAAUUCGAAAAAACUUGUUCCCGGAGAUUCAUGCAUUUUCGUCAGAGGAGAGAAUGGUGAAAUUGGUAUUGGGAUUCAUCGAGCAAUGAAACAACAUAGUGAUAUAUGGAAAACAUCGUCUCCACUUGGACUAAUGUGCGCUGCUUCCCAUGCUGUUUCGACAGGAACUAUGUUCCAUGUCCAGUACUACCCUUGGAUUACUCCCUUUGAGUUUAUGAUCCCUCUAAAAACUUAUGUUGAGUCCAUUGAAAGAGACUAUUCCAUUGGAACAAGGGUACGCAGGUUGUUGUCUGAAGUUGAAGGAUCUCCAAGAAGAUAUGGUACAAUUGUUGGCAAUGAAGAUAUUGAUCCCAUUAGGUGGCCUGGAUCUGAAUGGAGAUGUAUCAAGGUGCAAUGGGAUUCCACACCAAAUUCUUUUACACAACUUGAAAGCGUAUGUCCUUGGUGGAUUGAGCCUUUGGGAUCUCCCAAGAUUAAGAGCUUUCCUAUUCCCCCUUUAUCAAAUGAGGUUAUUGGGAGUUCAUCCACACCUGAAUAUCACACUGUGGACGUGGACAUGGACAUGCAAGGUCGACAACAUUACAAUACUAGAAAUGAUGAAAAUUCAAUUUUCUUCAUUUUUGCUUUCUCUAUAAUACUUUGCUUUUUUACAUUUGUGAUUUUUGUCUUUCGUCCUCUUUUGUAA